AUGGCCGCUGGCCUCUGCCCGCGCCUCCGCGUCUUCGUGGCCUCCUCUCGCCCGCUCCUGGCCGCGCGCUCCGGAGCGCUGCCCCAACCCCUGCGCCGCGCCGGCCCGGCCAUGCCCCUCGCUGCCCGCGCACGCCGCGGCUUAGGCUCCUCCACCGCCGCCGACCCGCUCGCCGAAGACUUCGCCACGGCUUCUGACCUCCGGUUCGAAUCGCCACUCGAGGUAGUCAAAUACCCCGACCCCGUCCUGCGCGCGCGCAACAAGCGCAUCAGCACGUUCGAUGCCAACCUCCGCGCCCUGGCCGAUGAGAUGUUCGACGUUAUGUACAAGACCGAUGGCAUUGGUCUCUCAGCACCACAAGUUGGAGUCAAUGUGCAGCUUAUGGUAUUCAAUCCUGCUGGGGUGAAGGGCGAAGGAGAGGAGAUUGUUCUUGUCAACCCAGUGGUAUACAAGUCCGCGAAACGAUUGCUUGUGUUUGAAGAAGGGUGCUUAUCAUUUCCUGGAAUAUAUGGCAAUGUGUUGAGACCAGAAAGUGUGAAAAUUGAAGCUCAAGAUGUUACAGGGGCAAAGAUCAAAGUAAAAUUAUCUGGUCUACCUGCAAGAGUUUUCCAGCAUGAGUUUGAUCAUUUGCUGGGGAUUCUUUUCUUUGAUAGAAUGACAAUGGAUGUUCUUGAAACCGUAUGUGAGGAACUGAAGGUUAGCAGUGGUCUUGAGUGCAUUUAA